AUGGGCGAACCCUUCACUCAGAUCGACGCUUGGUACUCGAACGACCCCCAGAAGCCGCUCCAGUUCGGCAAGCUGGACGCGAAGCCUAUCGAAGACUACGACAUUGAUGUCAAGGUCCUGUACUGCGGCCUCUGUUCGAGCGACGUCGGCGUGCUCUCCGGCGCCUACGGUCCCGUGCACGAGGAAGUGUGCGGGCACGAGAUCAUCGGCACGGUAACCCGCGUCGGUCCCGAGGUCAAGCACCUCCGCGUGAGCGACCACGUCGGUGUGGGCGGGCAAUGCGAUUGUUGCACGCACUGCCCCGCCUGUGAGCGGGGGGAUGAGCACAUGUGCCCCGGCCUCACCUUCACGAUCGGCAUGAUCCAAGGCCCCUACAAGCGCGGCAAGGCCAAGGGCCGCCUGGGGCAAGGCGGGUUCGCAAAGCAGUGGCGCGGCAAUGCGCGUUUCGCCUUCAAGAUUCCCGACGGCGUCGAGUUGGCCAGUGCCGGACCGCUGUUUUGCGCCGGCACGACUGUCUUCACGCCCCUGCGCCGCUUUGGCGCCGGCAAAGAGCGCAAUCGCGUUGGCGUCAUUGGGCUCGGCGGCCUGGGCCACCUGGGCAUCCAGCUCGCAGCCGCGCUCGGGGCGGACGUCACUGCCAUCUCGCGCGGCAACUCGAAAGAAGAAGACGCACGCAAGCUCGGCGCAAAGCAUUACAUCGCCACCGGCUCGGACCUCAAGAAGGACUUUGAGAAGCACCAGGGUUCCCUCGAUCUGAUCAUUUGCACGAUCAACCCGCCCGACCUCGACGUCGAUGCCUACUUCACGCUCCUCUCCGCCGGUGGCCUGUUUGUCCCCCUCGGCAUCCCCCACAAGCCGCUCGUUAUUGAUCCGAUCGGCCUGAUUCUCGGCCAGAAGGGCGUCGUCGGCUCUGCCCUCGGUGCUCCCCAGGAUAUCAAGGCGCUCUUGGAGCUGUGCGCCAAGACAGGCGUCAAGCCUUGGGUUCAGCUGUGGGAGUUUAGCGACAUCAACAAGGCCAUCGAGGCGUUCAACAGGGGCGAGCCGCGCUAUCGCUUCGUCCUCGUCAACACGGACAAUGGCGGGGAGCUCUGA